AUGUCUCUUUACGACAGCUUUCGAUUUCCGCUCAGCGCCGGCAGCAGACAGCUUGUCAUUGCACUUGCAGUCAGCGCUAUCCCUGCGUACUUUGUGGGGAAGGCAAUCCGAGAGAUAAUCCACGUUCUAUUUCCUAGCUUCAUUCCGGGUGAGACGAACACAGCUCUAUUGGCGACGGUUAAGACAACCCCGGGAACUUCCGAAGCUAAAGAUCUUGAGAAUGUGGCCGAGUUCGACUACAUCAUUGUCGGAGGCGGCACCGCAGGAUGUGUGCUAGCCGCGAGACUCACAGAAGAUGCCAACAGCAAAGUCCUGGUCAUCGAAAGCGGUCACUCCGACCUCAAGCAGAUCUUCUCUCGUUUGCCGGGCGGUUUCAACAAGCUGUUCAAAACAGGUGCUGAUUGGGACCUGACCACGGAGCCGGAAAAGCAAUGCGAGGGUCGAAAGAUGUACUGGCCGCGCGGCAGAAUGCUCGGCGGCUGCAGUGCCAUCAACGCGAUGAUCUAUAAUCGAGGCGCCCCUGAUGACUUUGACGAGUGGGAGCGCUUAGGGAAUAAGGGCUGGAGCUAUGCUUCUUUGCGACCUUACAUGAGCAAAGCAGAAUCGUUCCAUCCAUCUGGCGAAGGUCCCAAUCCUGUCACUGACGACGAUCUCAAGCAUCAUGGACGCGAUGGCCCAUGGCAGACCGGCUAUUCAUGGUGCUCCCCACUCACCAGGACAUUUCUUGACGCCUGCGAGGCCAUCGGUAUUUCCAAGCGGACGGACCUCAACACACCAUCAGGCAUGAUUGGCACUGCUCAUACCCAGACAUUCAUCGAUCGCAAAGGCCAGCGCUCUUCGACCGCAGUGGCGUACCUUACUGAACAGGUUGCGAGCCGCCCGAAUCUUCACAUUGCGGUGGCUCAGACUGUCACGAGGAUUAUCUUCGACAAAUCUGGUUCCCAGCCAAGGGCUGUUGGCGUUGAAAUGGCGAGUUCUGCUGUAACGCCUUUUCGCUACCUUGCCAAAGCCCGACGGGAAGUCCUGGUUUGCGGAGGUGCAGUACACACGCCACAGAUCCUUAAGCUGUCAGGCAUCGGCGGUGCAGAUGAGCUGAAAUCGCACGGUAUCUCGCUCAUCGCCGACAGGCCUGGCGUCGGCUCAAAUUUGGCGGACCACAUCCUCACCGUCCUGGUCUUCAAGUGCAAAGCAGAGAGUCUGCAGUGGGCGGCGAAUACGCUUAAGUCGCUUCCGGCGCUCGUACAAUGGCUGCGUACCGGAACCGGUCCAUUGACAACUAACGUGGCAGAAUGCACUGCCUUCGUUCGCACCCAAGAUCGUGAUGACGCCUCUUCCAGCCUGAAGGAAAAGGAUGAGACGAGUGGUGCAACGAGCGCAGACCUCGAGUUACUGGCCGGACCACUCGCUUUCACCAACCAUGGCCUAGAUGUUGCACCAACUAAUCAGGAUUACUGCUCAAUCGGAUGCAUUGGACUUCGACCAACAUCUCGCGGGACUGUUACGCUCGCAGAUGCGUCACCGUUCACACCGCCGCGCGUCCGCGCCAACUACCUUGAGACGCAAUACGACCGCGACAUAAUGACCUACGGCCUUCAAUUGUGCAUGCAGAUGCUGAAGACGAAGCCGUACCGGGAUAUCUUCGAUGGUUGGUACAAAGGCUGGACGGUUCUGCCGGAUAACCCUAGCGACGAACAGCUGCUGCAGUACGCUCGCCAGCGUACCGAGACUGUCUACCAUCCGGUCUGUUCGGCGAAAAUGGGGCCAGCUACUGACCCUAUGAGCGUCGUAGAUGAGCGGCUAAAGGUCCAUGGAGUACGUGGACUUCGUGUGGUGGACGCCAGCAUCUUUCCCAAGCCCGUUGCAUGCCACCCAUGUGCUGUAGUGGUCUCGGUGGCGGAGAAGGCAGCCGAUAUGAUAAAGGAAGAUCGACGGUGA